AUGCCAGAGUCUGUCUCGACCAGCAAUCCCACAGUUAUCACAGUGGUCAUUGUAGCAUGCAUUGGUACGGUAGUCUACUGGGUGUUCCAAAGGGCAUAUCCACGGCCAUUCCCCGGCAUCCCGUAUAACUAUCAUGCGACCAAAACCAUAAUGGGCGACCUGGCCGAGUUGGGGGAGAGGCAAAAAGACAUACAGGGAAUGCGCCCGUGGUUCCUCGAGCAGGCCCGCCGUCACAACUCAGCCAUCACCCAGAUCUUCCUCGGGCCGUUCGCGAAGCCAGCGAUUCUGCUCUCAGAUUAUCGCGAGGUGAAUGACAUCCUGAGCCAUCGUGAUGCGGUUGAUUUCAAACGAGGGAAAAAGGUCGACGUGUUCAGUGGUAUCCUUCCACAUGCGCACCCGGCCAUGGAAACCUUCGAUCCACGUUUCAGAGAGAGUCGUGAUCUCGUCCGAGACUUGAUGGCGCCGUCGUUUCUUUAUACCGUGAAUGCACCUCACACCUAUGUGGUGGCCUGCAAUCUGCUGGAGUUGUGGCGACUCAAAGCCCAAUUAGCCAACGGACGCCCGUUUGACGUCGUCAAUGACAUCGUCGAAUUCUCCUUCGAUUCUAUCCUGAGCGCAGCGACAGGAUUAGGCCCAGAAGGAGGAGAUAUCAAGCGGCAACUAUCAUACCUGCACCGUCUGGAAGAAACCGGCACUUGCACCUUCCAACCCGACAGUAUCAAUGGUGAAGUGACGGUAUUCCCAUCGGCGGGUACAUCCGCCAAGCUGGCUGCCCUCAUAGUGAAUGAAGAAUCCCUCUGGAAGGGCUUCUACAUGCCCUGGCCUCGUCUCUACCACGCCAUCAACAACCUGCGGCCCUCGGUCCGACAUGCAGGCCAGACUCUGAGAGGAUACAUUGAAUCUCAAAUUACCAGAGCCCUUCCACGGUUGACCAAGGGCGGCAGGCCGGAAUGUGCUCUUGACCAUGUCAUUGGACGCGAGAUCAAGGCCGCACAAAAAGCCGGCCGUGAGCCAAUGUUGGAUGAUCCGCGGAUCCGAGAUGAGAUCUGUGGGUAUCUGAUUGCCGGCCAUGAUACAUCGACCGGGUCCUUUAUCUGGCUGAUGCGUAGGCUUCUGUCUCAUCCGGAGGAACAGACCAAGAUUCGUGAGAACCUGCGAGAGACAUAUCCUGCCGCGUGGGCCGAACGACGUCUGCCGACCGCGGCGGAGUUGAUUAAACACGCCCCCUACCUAGACGCCUUCUUGGAGGAGGUGCUGCGAUUGAACUGCCCAGUCGUGACGAUCAUGGUUCAAACGAGAAUGGAUACCGUUGUGUUGGGUCACGCUGUCCCCCGUGAUACCCAGGUGUUUUUGAACCUGACAGGCCCAUCGCUCAAUAUGCCGUCCGUGUCAGUCGAAGAGACCAAUCGCAGCAAGACAUCGCAGACGCACAAGCCGGCUCGCCACAAUUGGGAUGACCUCGAUCCCGAGGCUUUCCUUCCUGAACGCUGGCUUCGAAAGGACGCGGAGGGAAGAUGGGUCUUCGAUGCGAGCAGUGGUCCAACCCUCGCAUUCAGUGCAGGCAACCGAGGAUGCUGGGGAAAGCGUUUGGGACAGUUGGAAUUACGAAUUGUUUUCACGAUUCUGAUAUGGUCGGCAAAGUUUGAUGUCCCCGAGAAACAUGUUUCAUGGGAAACGUACGAUUCAUUGGUCACGGCGCCGAAGAAAUGCCUGAUGUCUUUGACGGAAGUUCAGUAG